AUGGCCCGCCAAGAUCACGCCCCAACAGCCCCAUACAGUGAGCCCUUGCUCCCCCAGCUCGACAUCCAGAACCCAUACUACACCGCCCUCCACCACAGUCUUCGCGCCUAUGUCCGCAACUACGUAGAAUCAUCGAUUGCACCAUACGCCCAUGAAUGGGAAGCCGCAGGCCAAGUCCCCGAACCCGUCCGCCGGCGCCACUGCGCACUGGGGUUCGGAAUCAUUCAUCCCCUGACCACGAUCGAAGAUGCCGCCGGACUAUCCCUCCCGAACAACGUGCCGCGCGAGAAAUGGGAUACGUGGUGCUCGCUCAUUGUCGCCGAUGAGCUCAUCCGCACUGGAUACGUAGGUGUGAUUUGGGGACUGGGGGGUGGGAAUAACAUCGGGUGUCCACCCAUUGCACGGUUUGGAACACAGGAGCAGAGGCAGAGGUGGCUUCCGCGGGUGGCGAAGGGGGAUAUUCGAUUUUGUUUGGGGAUUACGGAGCCUGAUGCUGGAUCGGAUGUCGCGAACAUCUCGACGACGGCAAAGCGCGAAGGCGAUUGCUAUGUUGUUAAUGGGGCGAAGAAAUGGAUUACCAAUGGUAUCUGGGCUGACUAUUGCACUGCUGCGGUGAGGACUGGGGGUCCUGGAAGGGGUGGGAUUAGCUUGCUUGUGAUUCCUCUGGCGGCGCCUGGCGUGACGCGAAGAAGGAUGUAUAAUUCCGGCGUGCAUGCAAGUGGGUCAACUUUCAUCGAACUGGACGAUGUCCGGGUCCCGGUAGACCACCUCAUCGGAGAGGAAAACAAGGGCUUUCCGCUCAUCAUGUCAAACUUCAACCCCGAGCGUCUCAGCCUCGCCUGUGCAUCGUUGCGUCUGGCUCGCGUGUGCGCCGAAGAUGCCUUCCAUUACGCCGCACAGCGCGAGACAUUCGGCGCCCCGUUAAUACAGAGACAAGCCAUACAGUCGAAGAUCUUCAAAUUCGGGCUCAUGAUCGAACCCGCAUACGCAUUCAUGGAACAACUUGUGAAUAUCAUCGAACUAACCAAGGACAGACCCACCGACGAUGUCCGAAUUGGAGGUAUGACCGCGUUGCUCAAAGUGAUGUCUACCAGGGCCCUGGAGAAAAGCGUUAGGGAAGCCCAACAAAUACUCGGUGGUGCUGGGUAUAAUAAGGCUGGAAAGGGGGCACGUAUUGAGCAGAUUAGCCGUGAUGCCCGGGUUCAUGUUGUUGGGGGCGGAAGUGAGGAGAUCAUGAUGGGUCUUGCGCUGCAGGAGGAGACGAAAGCCCUUCGGACGAGGCGUAAGGCUUUGGAGAAGAAGGCGAGGCUUUAA